GACUAUCCCUUAAACCGCCUCAAUGCAAAUAUAUGUGAACUAGGAAAAGGUAGAAAGAGGAGAUGAGAUAUAAACCCUCCUAGGGCUGCAUUGGGGAGCAAAGCUAGGGCACCGUAGGGACUUGAACCCCAUCCAGGAAACCAGGAGCGCCAGCCACCAGCGCCUUUUGAUUUUUCUGGCAGUGCUACAAGGGGAAAAGCAAAACCUGACAGAGUCAGAACAAGAACAUUUGUGCCGUAAAGCUUCAACUGUUUCAGAAGAUCAGAGAGAGUCUCCUCGCCUUCGCCUUCCUGGCUGGUAUGGUCUCAGGGCUCCAGAUGGAGGAAGAACCAGUAAGCAAAUCCAAAAUCUGUGCCAAUGUUUUUUGUGGAGCUGGCCGGGAGUGUGCUGUGACCGAGAAGAGUGAGCCAACCUGUCUGUGCAUUGAGAAAUGCAAACCCCACAAAAGGCCAGUUUGCGGCAGCAAUGGCAAGACGUACCUGAACCACUGUGAGCUACAUCGUGAUGCUUGCCUCACUGGUUCCAAGAUCCAGGUGGACUAUGACGGCCAUUGCAAAGAAAAGAAGCCAGGAAACUCAGCUGCAAGUCCUGUUGUCUGCUAUCAGACUGACCGAGACGAACUCCGCCGUCGAGUUAUCCAGUGGCUGGAAACUGAGAUCAUUCCUGAUGGUUGGUUCUCCAAAGGCAGCAACUACACAGAAAUCCUAGACAAGUACUUCAAGAAUUUUGAUGAUGGGGAUUCUCGCCUGGACUCCAGCGAGUUCCUGAAAUUUGUAGAACAAAAUGAGACAGCUGUCAACAUCACUACUUAUGUGGAUCAAGAGACCAACAAGCUGCUCAGGGGACUCUGUGUGGAUGCACUCAUUGAACUCUCUGAUGAAAAUGCUGACUGGAAGCUUAGCUUCAAUGAAUUCUUGAAGUGCCUCAAUCCAGCCUUCAACCCACCUGAAAAAAAAUGUGCCCUGGAGGACGAAACAUAUGAAGAUGGAGCAGAAACCCAAGUGGAGUGUAACAGAUGUGUUUGUGCUUGUGGGAACUGGGUGUGUACUGCCAUGACCUGUCAAGGUAAGAUUGAGAAGGUGUCUUCUCAAGAGCAGCAUGAGGGAGAUACGAUGACUGAAGAAGAGCUGGCCAGAUAUGUUCAGGAGCUGCAAAAGCAUCAGGAGACAUCCGAGAAGAUCAAGCAAAUGGCCACCAAAGAGAUGUAAGAAGAGCUUACCAUUGAAGCUGUCCCAAAGGCCGGGUGUGUUUCCCGACUCACCCACCAGUGUUCCUUCAGUGCUGAUUUCAAUAUGCAAAUGUGUUUAGGACUUAUGGCUCAGUCACAGAUAUUUUCAUUCUGUAGCAUUGAGAGGAGGGCAAAGAAAAGAUGGGUUCUUUUGACGUUUAAAAGAAACCCUUCCUGUAUGAUGGUUUCUACAGUGAGGAUAAGGAUUUGCACUAAUGGGGAUUAGGGAGGGCAGCAAACCAUUCCAUCUCUGGGUCUCUUGGAGGAGGCAUCACCACUGACCAUGGUCUCUGUGGGACUUUAUGCUGAUAGAAUCAUGGAAGAGACCCAAAGGCAAUCCAGUCCACCCCCUUCUGCCAUGCAGGAACAUACAAUCAAAGCACGCCCAACGGGCAUCCAGCCUCUUUUUAAGAACCUCCAAAGAAGCAGACUCCACCACUCUCCAAGGCAGUGUAUUCCACUGUCGAAGAGCUCUUAGUGUCAGGAAGUUCUUCCUAAUGUUGAGGUGGAAUCUUUUUUGAUGUUGAUAUGGGAUAUUGCCCAGUAAAUCUCCCCUAUAGCCUAAAAUCAGUCAUCCACAUAAGUGGAGGAACAUAAGCAGCAAGGGUCUGUGAUGGAGCAAUCCAUGGCAUAUUAUUAUGCCCCACUAUGUCCCAUUGUGACAUCUGGUUUUUCCCUUUUUACACAGACACCCUUGCACCACCCUCCUUUCUUUCUGCCACAGAAUCUGUGGUCCUUUUCCUUGUGGGUGUGGAUGAUGCUUUCAUAGUAAAUGCAGGUCAAGCUGACCCUCCGUGCCAGAAGCCAGAUCACCCCAGUGCAUUGUGAGUCCCAAAGUGACCUCAUUAUCUUUCCCCCUCUCUUUGCAAAGGUGCUACAAUAUAUUUUCUUAUCACACUCUUACACUGAGUCUUUUUAAUUAUCGACUUUUAACUGAGCGUUUUGUAUCUUUGAUUUAUAGAUAUUGUUUUAUAGUUACUGAAAAAAUGCUGUACUUCUGGGGUCAUGCUUUGUAUUAUAGCUGCAUGUAUCAAAGAAGUAAAACCAAUGCAGCCUCAAGGGCACCCAAAACAUUCGGGACGAUUCUGGAUUUAAUUUUUCAGAGUCCCUUAUGGUAAAAAGCCAUGGUUUGUGUAUGACUAGAGCAAAAGAGAGUUUUCAGAGGAGACUGCCGGUUCCCUCCCCACACAGGAUAAUUCUUUCAAAGAUGGGAGAUAAUCCUUAGGGUUCACUUCAGAAGAGUUGAGAUUCUGUCCUGUUAAAUGAAGAGAAGGAAGCAGAAGUAUUUGUCCAAUGCAUUGUUAGAUUCUCCCUGUGCUCUUAGAUUGAAUUGUUUUCCCUCUUAAUUCUGCAAACAAUUUGGAUACUGCAGCCACUAUGAUGAGUUAAUUCCUGGUACUUCUGUUUGUGGCACUGCUACUGUAAUUUCCAAAGUGGAUUAGCAACAGUGGGGAUUUGCAAGAUGAUGCAAAACUUUUAGCAGCCCUUAUUCCAGCCAGGGAGAGAACAGAAUUAGUCGCCAAGAAAUGCCAGGAAAAUUCUGAAGCCUGUUGUUAUUUCUUGGUGUAAGAUCAGUCUGAUCCAUGCUGUUUUAAGAAUUUUGGCAAUAAAAUAAGGGGACUCCAUCUCCUCUCAUUGAUAUGACAAA